UUGGGCUAGAGAGAGAGAGAGAGGGGAGAUUAGGAGUCUUUUAGUUUUUUUUUUUCUCAGAAGGUUGUAAAUUUGUGGGUUUUUGGUGGUGAGUUAGAGAGAGAAAAGGGGAAUUAUGGAGAGAGUUGCGUUCAGAGAUCUGGCCGUGAGGGAGGUAUAUGAAAAGCGGAUGUUGAUCAGAUGCCUGAUUUGAGGGCUUGGAUCGAAUAAGAUGGAUCGAAGCAGAGAGACGAGGCGGAAGAUGGACUUAUCUGUUAAUGGAUCUUCAAGAAGAAGGCCGCGAAGUGGUUUCAGAGACUCUCCAGAGGAAGAGGGUAUGAGUGAGAUGCAAGAGUCAAGGCUUAGAGAGAGGCCUAAUAAGAAGGAGAGGCCAAGCAGGAGCAAGCGAAGAAGGGCUGAGAGGUUACAGGGUAACAGAGAGGAAGGAGGAGAUGAGAGCACAGAUGAAAGCUUAGAUGAAGAAGAAGAUGACGAGGAAGAUGAGACAGUGAGAAUUCCAUCAAGUCACAGGAAACCAGCAAAGAUCUCAAAGCCUCAAUGGAAGGUCCCCGAUGAGAUGAUUGGCGUUCCUGUACCCCGAAAGGCUCGGUCUGCAUGUAUUAAGAGGUCACAUGAGACUUGGGCCUCAGGGUGUGGAGGAGGAGGUGGUGUGGUUUCCGACCAUAUCCAUCGCCAGUCUUCAACUUCUCCUUCUCCAGGAGGAGCUGCUUCAGUUUCUCCUUCUGAAUCUAAUGCCUCUAAUAUGAGGAAGAGAAUGAAACCCAUGGGGACCAAGCAUCGCCCACCUAAGACCUCCAAGGCUUCUAUCCAGGAGAUCGAGGUCGAGGUUGCAGAGGUCCUGUUCGGAUUAACAAGGCAAAUCGUGAACAGUAAUAACCACUGUAAUAAUGUCUCUUCUAGAACUGAUUUCUACAAGGACAAUGGAUCCAACCAAGAGGCUUCAAAAGUAUCUUCUUCUUCCAUGGCCUCUUCUCCGAUUUCCCCUCCUUUGCCUUCUCAGCCCAUCUCCAUCACUCAGAAUUCUACUUCAAAUGCACAUUCUCCGGCUGUUGCCCCAAAGAGGAAGCGACCAAGACCGGUGAAACAAGAGGACGAGAGUCAUGCGGUUACUGGUAGUUCACCAUUUGAUUCAGGCAAUAAUGUUGGGACUUUUAAUACCCAGAAUCCCCCUUGUACACCUGCAACCAAGCUUGUUGAGGAGCAAGGACCUCAGCCUGUAGUCGCAAAAUCGGAGGCUUUGUCUCCUAAAUCAGAUGCAGGGCUUGGUGAUAAUCUGGGGGUUUCUCAAAUGGCUACCAAGCCAAUAGAUCCGGAUACCAAACCUCCCCCAUCGCCUGAGAAGAAGCCUUCUGUUGAUGAAAAAGAUGCUAAGGCUUCAGAGAAGCCAAUUAAAGAACGGAUUGACUUGAAGGAUGCAGAUACAGUUGUGAAGGACUCCCCUUCUUCAGCUAAACCAGAGGAUGAAUCAAUAAACAGGGUUUCUUCGAGUAAUCCUGGUUGUGAGAGCUUGAGGGAGGAGAAAUUCAAGAUUGACCUGAUGGCUCCUCCUGCAAGAUCUUUGCUGGACGUGGAAAGUGAUGGGGUGACAGAUCUACCACAAGAAGAUCCUCAACCACCCCAAGCUCCUGAAAAGGAAAAGGUAAAGGUUGUGGAAUCUGUGGUGGAAGCACGGACAAACGCAAAGAAGGAAAGUUCUCCAGAGGAGAAAGAUUUGGAAUCAGUGAAUAAGGCAAAUGUAGAGGAACGGGAAGAGAAGAAGCUACAAGUGGUCAAGGAGAGGAUCCCUGAUCUCCAUUUAGAUGCAGAGAGAUUAUCAGAUAAAGAUUAUAGCAGCAAGCAACAGCUUCAGAAGCAGGGCAAAGUGAUGAAAAAUGAGAUAAAAGUUCCAAAGCAACCAGAGAAAAUUGGUCAAUCUUCGUCUUCUGGUAUCAAUGCCGCUGUCACAACUUCCACCUCAAUGGCGUUGCCCAUGACAGUUGCAGGCUGGCCUGGUGGCAUUCCUCCUCUUGGCAGGUACCUGGGUCAAGCCCCUGCUAAUUGGUCUGGAGUUUCAUCUCUUCAAGCAGUUGUGUCCAUGGAGGCGAACACAGCAACCCCAACCUUACAGCCACAGCCACCCUUAGUUUUGCCCCAACCGAGACCAAAACGCUGUGCUACGCAUUUCUACAUUGCCCAAAUCAUACACUAUCACCAACAACUGGCUCGAAUGAAUCCUUUUUGGGCAGGCUCUGCACCUGUGUAUGGCACCAAGCCUUACAAUCUUAACAUUUUGCCUCCCACUGAGGGUGUGAUCCUUGGUGGACCUUUGCCUGGACCCUUUGCUUCUGCUACUGGUAGAAACAUGAACCCAUUGCAAGAUAAGGGGCAGGCACCACCUUCUGUUGCUGCAUUUUCAGGCAAUGGCCAUGGUUCUAAAGAGAAACCCGCUGCAAUGUUCAUAGACUCUCAGAGAAAACCUCCCCUUAUUCAGCAGGCACCUCCCCAACCUGCUUCUGCAACUAGUAUGCAGCAUGGGCCUGCAAUUAUCUUCCCUUUGAACCAGGCAGCUGCUGCUGCUGCAGCUGCUAGACCAGCAGGAUCGAAGCCUAAUUCAACUACCAACGUUGGGAGCUCUGCAACUUCAGUGGGUGGUUCCAAUUCAGUUUUGGGACCAGCAGGGACAUCCCCCUCUAUGAGCUAUAGCUUUGCAAACUUGGGCGCCAAUGAAGCUCAAUAUCUUGCCAUGUUACAGAGUGGGGGCUAUUCAUUUCCUAUCCCAACCCAUGUAGGAGCUGCAGUUGCAGCUGCAUAUAGAGGAAGCCAUGCCCAUAUGGGUCAACAAGCAACACCCUUCUUCAAUGGCUCCUUCUAUUCAUCACAAAUGCUCCACCCCCCUCAAGUCCAUCCUCAACCUCAACAAACUCAUCCUCAACGUCCCCCUCCUCAACAGGCUACACAGCAAAACCCCAGCACCUCAAGUGGCUCCUCCUCAUCGCAAAAGCAUCAGCAACAACACAGGCUCCAAGGCACCUCUCAUGGCUUCUCAACCUCAAAGCAACAGAGACCAUCAUCCCCUUCUCCCUCUAAUUCACACCACCACUCUAACCUUCACCUACCCCCUCAAGCACGACAGCUCGAGAACAAUGAAGCAGGGGGAGAGAGCCCCUCUAGUGCAGAUAGCAGGGUCUCACUUGUUCAAAGGGGUUUCUUUAACCAGAACAACACGAACCCCACCUUCAAUGUCAUGCCCAUUCACCCACAAAGCUUUGCCCUGAUGUCUUCGGCUUUAGGACCCAACAAACCUGGUGAAAAGCCACAACAAUCAGGUGACCAACAUCUCCAGUUUGGUUUGAAGGGUAUGGAGCUCACUGCAUCUCAGGCAUUUGCCAUGUCCUUUGGCCCAGACUUCUCAUCAAUGGCACAAGGCCACACGGUGUUCCAAACCCUGCCUGAAGCUGCCAGGCACCAUUACCAGCUUGCCCAUAGGCAGGCUAUGCCUCCCCAAAAGCAUCACCAAUCUGUUAAUGCUGCUACUACACAAGAAGAAGGCAAGACCCCAAGUGAUUCAAUCACAACUGGUGCUAGCGAGGAUGACCGAAAAGCCCCUGUAAAAGGCCCACCAGCUCCUCUCCAACCACACCAUUCAUUGAACUUCUCAAGGGCAGAUGACUCAUCCCCAACUCACUUGUCUAGUUCAAGCGUCGGUGACAGCUCAUCUCGCACCCUAAACCUAAUCCCGGCACCCUCAAAUGGCUCUCGAGCCUCUUCCACUCGUUCAACCCCAACUUCCCAAAAGCACCAGCACCCUCAACCUCAAACCCAAACUCAACCUCAAACCCAAACUCAACCUCAGAUGAUUACACGCAACAAACAACAGGCGAGCAAUGUGGGUGCUAGUAGUGGUGUUGUUUCUUACAGUGAUAGGCCUUCUCCUAGUGUAACCAAGCUCCCUGCUACCCUUUCAAGCUUCCCUCAGGGCCUUAUGCAAAGUGGAGGAGGGGCAGGGACCCCGCAGUCUCCUCAGUGGAAGACGGCAGCUCGAACCACUCAGGCUCCUAUCUUGUUGCCUUCACCUUCGCCUUCGACUACUGUAACAAGGAACCUACACCCUCAGUCAAGGGCCUCACAAGGAGGGCCCACACCUGCCACCACAUCAGCAGCCUCGCAGAUAUCAUUUGGAGUGAAGUCAGUGGGGCCAAUGGUGAGUCCUAGCCCUUGCCCUAUUCCGAGCCCUGUGGUCACUGGGUCCCCUUCGUCUUCCUCAGUCUCAAAGGGGGGGAGCCCAUCGUCUAGGGCUAAGGCAGUGGGCCCACCUCCUCAAGUUAAGAGCAACACAUCAUCCAUCGGCACGGUCGCUGGGUCGGGCUCAGGCUCAAGUUCGGCCUUGGGCAGUCGCAAGUUACCAUCGCCUGUUGGUUCCAUAUUGGGCCAUCCCCAUAUUGGGUCUGGACCGGGGCCUGGACCUGGACCUGGACCAGGCUCGGUUAGGCCUCAAACACCUGUGUUGGCAGGCCUGAAGACACAAGGCCAGCCCACCCCAACUCAAAAACAGGCUUUACAACAUGCACAGCUUUUCUUCUCCAACUCUUACUUACCGGGACAAUCUUCUCAAUUAUCUCACCAGAGCACCUCAGCUGCCACCUCUGGUUAUAUUCCAAAGUCGUCAGCUUCUCCACAAGCUCCUUUUGGCAAUAGUAAUAAUAACCCGAAUCAGAGGAGGGCCGGUGAGCAACAAACUACCCCUUCUCCAAACCCUUCAGUCACUGGUGCACUAUCUCUUGGCCCUCCAACCCUAACCCUGGCUGCUGCUGCUGCUGAUCCUACGAAGGCAGCAGCCUCUAUGAAGAAUUCACCUGUGUUGCAUACGCAGUACAAGAGCUUGGCUGGCAUUCCUUCUUCUCAUCCGGCCAUGGCUUUUCCUUAUUUUUAUCCUCACACUCAAACUCACACAGGCCACACAGUUAUGCCUGUGAAAUCGACUGAGCAGAAGCCUACAGCAAGUAAACAUUGAAAGUGACUUAUGGGGUGGCUAUGAAAUUGGGUUGGCUAGACCUCCAACCAAUGCCAUGAGAAAAUAGAUAUUCAUAUAAUCAUAUGAAGAAAUGGACCCAUUCUUCUCAUGCCUCGUGGAUAGAGUGGAGAGAAAUAGAGGACUCGAGUCAGGGAAACAGGGGGGUUUCUCUUAAGAGAAGGGGAGAUUGCCCAAGUACAGAAUGUGGGGUGGUCUCAAUUCGGUGCGUGAGAGCUUUGUGAUGAGGCCAUGGUGUUUUGGAGCUUCCAUGGCUGCAAUUUAGAGUCACGCCACCAUUUAAAAUGAUCCAAUUGAAGAAGAUGCUGUCCUGAGAGCUGAAGGGGUUUGCAAGGGAUUUCAGUUACAUAGAAGCAGAGAUAGAGAGUAGAGGAUGAUUGCCGUUGCCAUAAUUUUUGGUAUAUAUUUCCUUAACCGUCUUCCCUUUUGUUCCUUUUUCCUCUUAGAAAUUUUUUGUAUGAUAUACUCAAAACUACCCUGGCCCUGAAGCUAAUUUUAACUGUAGAUUCGCCAUAACUACUAUAUAUAUAUAUAUAUAUAGAUAUCUCUCUCUCUCUGUCUUCCCUUAAAUGUGAUUCACAGGUUUAGUUUUUUGGGCUUACUUUAUUUGUCAGGAACAGGUGGUAUAUAUAUAUAUAUAUAUAUACACCUUGCAGGCUUUUGAUUUUGAUAAAGUCAAAUAUGGAAAGGCAGCAUAUGGGGCCUGUCUCCCUCAGGGUACUAUCUGCUUUUAUCCUUCAAUCUUUUCCACCACCCCACUUCUCUCAUGUUUUGUUUUCAAGAAUCUUCAAUGACAUUGAAUGUGAAAACAAGGCUCUUCUUUUU